AUGAUCAAGGAUGAGCUGACCAGGCUGAACGAUGUCUACCAUUCGAUGGAGGCGGAGAUGCAUGGCUAUGCGAACGAGCUGGAACUUGCCGAUGCUCGCGAAGAGGCACUUGGAAGGGAUCUUGAGGACGCCAGGACGACAAACUUCAAGCUUACCUGCGCCAAGAAGGACCUCGCCGAGCACGUCCACCACCUGAAGUCUGCAGCCGCCGAGACAGAAGAGGAGCGGCGCCGACUAAGGCGUGAGGCGGAGCGCGCCAAGACGGUUGCAGAAAAGCACUCGCUGGAAGACACCAUCCGCAAAUGUAAGGCAGAGAUCGAGCAAGCUAUCGCAGAGACUCGCAGGUUGCAGGGCCUCAUCCCGGAGAGGGAUGAGGAGAUUUAGAGGCUGAAAUCCAGCAAUCUCGAACUGCAUAACCUGGUUCAACAACGAGGGGCAGAAGCAGAGGAAGCGAGAGCCGAGAACACCAAAUUAGAGGGCAUCCUGCGUAAGAAGGAGGUACAGUCACAGCUAGCCGUAUUAGCUGCUUUCCCCAUCACGCCUGUGUCUCCCCCAGCGUCAUUCGGGACGCUUCCGUCCCCGUCAGGGCAAGCUAUUCAGCCACCCCAGCCAGAACGUCUCCUCCCACCUCCGCCCGGCUCCCCCGUCCCGCCAUGGGAUUUUAGCAGCCAGGAAUGUGUAAGCUGGC